UUCGUCAACUUUGCUUGUAAAAAAAAUACAAUAUUUGUAGUGGUUGUACUACAUAAUUAUUAAUAACUGAUAUGAAUAUCCAAGCAUUUUGUUACAUUAUCAUUUAGUAAUAUUAUUCCAUAUAAAAAGUGUCUGUGUUCUUUAAUAUCAUAUAUAAUAACAUGGGCAAUGAAUAAAAUUCAAAUCUACAUACCAAAAUUUUAUAAGUUUCUUAACAAGAGUGUAUCUUGGUGUAAGGAUAAUGGUAAAAGAAGUGUCAAACGUUGUCCAGUUUCCGAAGUAGAUGGAGAGAGAAAGAGAAAUCGCAAUAGAAAAGUGUAAAAGAAACCACAGUAUACAAACUAUGAAUUUAAAACCAUGCAUUAUUGAGAUGUUUAAAUAGCCCUCACGUAAAGCUGAUACAUCUCUGGAACAAAAGUAAGAACGAAAUACUAUGCAACUGAAUCCUCAGUGUUUAUUGCAAAUAUAUAAACAAUUUAAAAGAUCGGAAACGAAUUAAUGGGCGGAAUCAUUCUUCCUGGAAAACAAAUAGACCAUCACACGUCUUGAAAAUUAUUUGAAGUUAUAUAUUAUGGAAUGAAUCAAUUGGAAGUAAACCAAUAUAAAUUAUUUACGAAGAAAUGACUACAUUGAAGAGUUCAAUAUUGGGAACAAUAUUAUAAAUCGAAAUUAAAUUAUGAAUAAUGUAUAUAAAUCUUGAAAGAAAGAUCAUACCAAUAGAUAAAGAAAGAAAGAAGGAUAAAAAGAUAGAAAGAAGAAAUUAUUUGGAUCGCUAGAACUUCCCGUCAUAUACUGGACAUGGAUCACAGAUAUUUAUUAUCGUGGCUGUAUUAUUUUAAAAGAGAUGGAAAAAAUGAGAUCAUAAAGAUGGAGAAAAAGGAAAAAAAGAAAAAGGCUAAUACAACUAAUGGAAAAGGUGGUCCUAAACGCAAUCGAGGGAAUAAUGCACGUGGACGAAAUGGACUUAGAGGUCGAGGCGCAAGAACUAAUAAGCGUAAUAUUGGCACAUUGAAGAAAGAACAAAAAUGGCAACGUGGCCAAAAUGCUAAUAUCCGUGGUAGUUUUACUAAAAAACGUUUCAUCAAAAAUGGUGGAGUUGCUUCACAAAGUCUACUAGCAUUAAAUCAAAAAGCUAAUGUAAGAGGGAAUGUAAAUGUACGACGUGGUCGUGGAAAUCGUUAUGGUUUAACACGUAGUCGAAGUAGAACAAAUUUGACUAUUACAAAAGCUGGAUUUUUUACUGCUAAUAAAGCAACGCUGAAAAGAACAAAUAGUGUGGGUAGUGUCAGAGAUCCAACUUCUGUUCACAAUCGAUUAGGAUAUCAAAGUCCAGCACAAAUUGCAUAUCGAAAUCAUGUUAAAAGAGCUAAGCAACUUCUCCUCCAAAGGCAAAAUCAACGACUUAACUUUCAAAAUCAAUUUAGAAUGUUGCAAGCAGGAAAAUCACCACUUUCGCUACAGCAAAGACCAUUAGAACGGCGUCAACAAAUUUUAACCUCUCAAAGAAGAUUUACGACUGGUGGUUUACGUUCUGAUCAAAUUGCACGUGCUCAAAGAAGAUCUCAAUAUGAACAGAAACUUAUGAGGAUGAAUUCUGCACGAAUCACGCCUUCUAAUGUGAAUUUCAUGUGCACGUUAGGUAAUGAUUAUACACCAAAUACACAUGAACAUUCCAUGAGCCUUGCACAGAACAGAAAUGAAAGAAACAUGAGUGGUCUUCAACAACUAUUGAGAGGGCGUUCACCAAUUACACAAACGAUACAAAAUUUAAACAUGAUUGGACGAUCUCCUGUAUUUGGUCGACAGCGCUCACGGUCAAGAUCACGUUCUCGUUCACGCACACGUAACGUUCCUAUGUCUGAUUCAGGAGCCGAUUUAGAUGAUCGUACUUUUAGUAAAAUUAUGUAUAGUAUAUCGGCAAGUCUUGGCGUCACAGGGCGAACCCUUAAUGAUAGAUUUAGUUUUUAAAUGCAAUAAAACAGAUUCAUCUUACAUUCAGAAUGAAAGACUGGCAAAUUCAGUGCACAUGAGUUAUAACAUUUUCAGUUUUAAUUAUUAAUGGGGAGAUGUGCUGUUUUUUGCAACUUAGAAGUAUAAACAUCAUUCUAAUAUUGAAUAAAUAUCUAUAACAU